GUCAAGGUCCUCGUGACAUAACCACGCGGUUCUAGCAAGCGAUAACAAUGUUGCAGUCAGAUCCAGGCUGUCCAUCGUUUAGCUUAAUCGCAGUCUCGCCUAUUGCACGGGUGACUACUUUAUAUCACAUUAUUUUAUACACUGUACUUGAAAUACUUACUUGACUUGACUUAAACUCUUUACUCGCUUGCACUAGCGCAGUGCUAAGGGCUUGACUGCCUGCAGCUCCCCAGCGGCAAACCUAGAUGGACUGUUGUCGCGCCUAAGCUAACAAUCUUCUUACCAAGCUCGUUAUGGAGGUGAACCACACAAAGGCUGGAGCGGUGCGGCGCGGAGCGGCCCCCGCAGCAGUGCAGCAGCCGGUUGCGACCGCAGCGCCCACAACCAGCGUGGAGUCCCUCAGCUUGGAGCGCGUCUACGGUGUGGGAUCCUGUGCGCCGCAACCUUCCACCGCCGUGAACGGCACUGCUGCUGGUAGUCCGCUCUCCGCCACCGCUGCACUCGCGCACCACCCCAUCGUGCCGGGCUUGCUUGCCUACAGCGCCGGCGCCAACGUUGUGCUGUACGACUGCCAUGCUAAGCAGCAGACGUCGUUUUUCUCCUCGAAGCCCACGAGCGGUGGCAGUAGCCGGCGCGGCCUGGCCGCGGGCGCAGCUACUGCUGGUGCGGCGGCAGGCGGCCGGCCCUUCGCCUGCCUCGCAUUCUCCCGGGAUGGCGUGUACCUUGCGGCGGGCGAGCGCGGCGGCAACAGCCCGGAGCUGGUGGUGUGGGAGGUCAGCUCGGGCCGCUGCCUGACGGCGCUGCGCGGCCACCGGCACGGCGUGGGCAGCGUGGAGUUCAGCACCGACGGCCGGCUGCUGCUGUCCAGUGGCGAGGGCUACGAUAGCCAGCUGUGCGUGUGGGACUGGAAGGCGGGCGUGCUGCUGGCCAAGCAGCACACGCAGGCCGAGUUGCUGCAGGCGUCCUUCGUCAGCGAGGAGCCGGCGGGUGGCGGCAGCGGCGGCGGCGCCACCAUCACCACUGUGGGCAAGGCGGGGCACUUCAAGCUGUGGACGCUGGCGCUGCCGGCGGGCCGCGCCGUGACGGCGGCGACGCUGACGCCGCGGCCAGUCAACCUGAAGGAGUACCGCGGCAGCACCUGCGUGGCGGUGCGACCGUCGGCGGCGGCGCCCGGGGCAGUGGCGGCGGCGGGGGCCGGGCCGGUGUAUGUGCUGACGCAGCCGGGCGCGCUGCUUACGCUGCGGCCCUCCACGCGGACCAUUGAGAAGUCCGUGAGCCUGCAGGUUCCGGCCGCCUUCGCGCUGGCGGUGUCGGCGUCGUUGGUGGCGUGCGCCUCCAGCGCGGGCGUGGUCCGCCUGUUCGCGGCGCGCACCCUGGCCUUCAAGGGCAACCUGCCCCGACCCACAUCGCGAACAGCCGGCACCGCGGCCGCGGCCGCGGCCUGCGGCGCCGCCGGCGCCGCCGGCGCCGGCCCCGCCACCUCCGCCUCCGCGGGGGCGCUGUUCCCAGACGCUGUGUCGCUCAGCUUCGACGCGACGGGCGAGCGGCUGACGGUGCUGUACUCGGACCGCAGCGUGGUGGUGUGGGACGUGCGCAACCCGGGAAAGGUGGUGCGGCACCGCAGCGUGCUAUCGCACGCCGGCAUCGUGUGGGGCGCGGCGCUGGUGCCGUCCUGGCAGGCGGCGCUGUUGGGGCAGCAGGCCGCGCCGGGGGCUAUUGGGUUUGCCCCCAUGCCGGGGCCGCACGCCGGCGGAGCCGGCGCGGGGGCGGGCGCAUGCGCGGGCGAGGGGGCGGGGGCGAGUCCGUCGUCGGUUUUGGUAACGUGCGGCACGGACGGCAGCGUGCGGUUGUGGAACGUGUGCCUGGACAACAGCGCCUCCACGGCCGGGCCGCUGGGGCUGCCGGCGGAGCUGGCGGGCGCGGCCAAGAUUACACGCACGCUGCGAGCCAUCAUUUACGCCACGCCGCCUGACGCUGCGCCGCCGGCCCACCCCGGCCGCCGCGGAGGCGCCGCGCUCGACGCGCCGCUGCCUGGCCCGGGCGUCGCACCGUCGCCGGCCUCGCCGCCGCCCGUGUCGCUGCGCUGCGUGCGCGUGAGCCCCUGCGGGCGCCACCUGGCCGUGGGCGACUCCCGCGGCAACCUGCGCGUGUACAGCCUGGCCUCCCUGGAGCUGCUGCUGCUCAAGGAGGCGCACGAGAGCGAGGUGCUCACACUCGACUACUCGCCGCCCUCGCUGGACGGCACCUGCUACCUGGCGUCCGGCAGCCGCGACUGCCUGAUCCACGUCUUCGACAUGGCGCGGGGCUAUGAGCUGGUGGGCACCUGCGACGCGCACGGCGGCGCGGUGACGGCGGCGCGCUUCGCGGCGGGGCCGGGCGGCCGGCUGGCGCUCAUGUCCUGCUCGGCGGACAAAAGCGUGGUGUUCAGGCACGUGCAGCUGGACGCCACGGGCGUGUCGUUCGCGCCCUACCGCACCGAGCGCCUGUCGCGCGGCGUGCUGUACGACAUGGCGGUGGACCCCGCCGGCGGCCGCGCGGUGGUGGUGGGGCAGGACGGCCAGCUGCGGCUGUUUGACGUGGCCACCGGCCGGGCCAUCCGCAACUUUAGCGGCGACCCCAACUGCGGCGAGGCGGUGUCGGUGGCGCUGGACCCCAGCGGCCGCCUGGCGGUGUGCGGCUGCGCCGACGGCGCCGUGGCGCUGUACGACCUGGAGGCGGGGCAGCUGGCGGGCCGCGGCGCGCCGGCGCACGGCGACGUGUGCACCGCCGCGGUGCUGCUGGAGGACUACCGCGGCCUGGUCACGGUCGGUGGUGACGGUUGUGCGCUGCUAUGGCGGCUGACGCCCAAGCUGGCGCAGCGCAUGCAGGCGGCGGCGGUGCACUGCCAGAAACAGCUGGAGCAGCAGGCGGCGCAGCAGGCAGCGAUGGUCCGCAAGCAGCAGCAGCAGGCACUGCAGGCAGCGGCGGAGCCCGGGGUCGUGCAUGCCACGCCGGCCGCGGCACCCCGGCGCCGAGCUUGGGGCAUGGGCGAUGCUGCGGGCGCUGCGGGCGCUGGCGGCGAGGCCCAUGGCGCCGGCGGCGGCGGCGGCGGCGAGCCGCGGCAGGUGCACGUGGACGUGUCCGCCACCAUCCUGCGCGUGCGCGAGGGCAAGCCGCUGCUGUCCGUGGACCGCCUGCCGCGCUGGGCGCAGCAGGCCUUCCGGCAGGAUGGAGCGGUGGAGGAGGAUGGCCCCGCGACCGCUAGGGCGGCUGGCGCCGCCGGUGCUGCGCCUGCCGGCGCAGCCGCGCCGGCGGCGAUGCCGGCCGGGAAGUGGGCACUGCGCAUGGCGCCGCCGGCGGCGGAGCCGCCGCCGCAGCUGGCGCAGGCGGCGACGAGCUCUGCGGCAGCGCUGGCAGCGGGCCUUGCGGGGCGCACGUGGGCGGCGGAGGUGGAGGAGGACGACGAGAUGAUGUGCUGCGACCCACUGGACGAGGAGGACGCGGGGCUGCUGCUGGGGGUGGGGCAGGAGGAGCAGGAGGCGGCGCCCGCGCCGGCCGCGGCGGAGGCCGAGGCGCUGGAGGAGGCGCAGGCAUCCGCCUCGCCAAGCCGGGCCAGCUCGCCGCGGGAGGAGUUGCCGGAGGAGCCGGAGUCCGCCUGCGCGUCCAACAACCCCGGCGGUGGCGGCGCGGCGGCUGCGGCGGCGGCGGGAGAGAAUGCCGGUGACGGCGUCCGCCGCGACCUCUUCAGGGAGCACUUUGACAGCCUGGGUAUGGAUCAGGCCUCGGCCACCAAGCAGGACCCGCGCCGCCAGUCGCUGUCCUUCAUGUACCGCCAGGCCCGCGCCACCACCGCCGCCGUCGCCGCCGCUCCCGUGCCGGCUCCGGCUGCCCCCAGUGCAGCGCCCGCGCCCCGCGCGCCUGCUCCUGCUGCCCCGGCCCCGGCCGCGGCACCAGCUGCUGCGGCUGCGGCCGAAGCCAAAGCCGGCGGUGACGGCGGCGCCUCCACGCCCUACCUGGCGCGCGUGCCGCUGCCAGCCGCCAUCACCACCACGCGCGGCAACACGGCGGCCCUGGCGGGCGGGCCCGCGGGCGGGGUGGAGGAGGCGGACGGCGGCAUCACCAGUGCGGCCUGGACGCCGGAGCGGGCCAUGCUGCCGCUGACCAGCCCCGUGCUGGCCAAGACAGACAAGCAGCUGGCGGAGCUGGAGCUGCUGCGGCAGCGGGUGCUGGCCAGCGCACUGCGCAGCAGGCCCAAACAGCCCGCCACCGCGGCGACGACAACCGGCACCGCCGCCGCCGUGACGCCCGCGUCGGCGACCGCAGCGCCGGAGGCAGCGCCGCCACCGGCUGCCAACGCCGCGCCCGCUGUGCCGGCGCAGCCGGCGCCUUUGCCCCGGUCGCCGGAGGGCGGCAUGUCCAGUGCGAUCACCUUUGCCCAGCCGCCGCCGCCCCUGACAGCAGGGCAACCCGCCGCCGCCGCCGUGUCGCAGCCCGCCACCGCGCCGGCCCUCGCUCCGCGCACGGCGCCGGAGCUGCAGCCGACCACGCCCGGCUUCUCGUCCCUCACCGCCGCCACACCCAUGCUUGCUGCGGCCGCGGCCGCCGCCGCGCUGCAGGCCCCCGUGCAGGUAGGUGCCCAGACGGCGCAGCCGCCGCCCGCGACACCCAUGCCCUCUCGCAGCGACGCCGGUGGCGGCGGCGACGGCGCCGCGGCCAACAUGCACAUGUACGGCAAUCCCAUGUUCGGCAUGACGCCCGGGACACCGGUCGCCGGGCUGGCCGUCGCGCACACGACCGGCACCGCCGAAGCGGUGGCAGUGGCGGCCCCGGCCCCCGUGCCAGUGGCGGCUCCGGCUGAGGCGCCCGCGGCCUCGGGAGCGGCUGCGCCGCCCGCCGCGACCACCACGGCACCCGGGUCGGCGGGCGGCAGCUCGCAGCGGCGUGUGCCCCGAGUAGCGCUGCCCGCCAUCAAGUCUAAGGCGGCCAGCAGCAGCCCCUCGCGCGCCGCCACGCCGGGUGAGGCGGAGGUGGAGGCGGCGCUGGGGGCGGCGGAGGGCGACGCAACCGUGGCGGUUGUGGUGGCUGGGGUGGGCGUUGCGGCUACUGCGGCGGCUCAGGCGGAGGCGUUGCAAAGCCAGGCGCAGCUGCAACCACAGACGGGGGCUGAGACGUCGCCGGAGGCAGGCGUUCCGGCGGAGUUCACAGACGCGCUGUCGGCGAUGCAGGCGGCGCUGGCUGGCUUCACCGCCGCCUUCCGCCGCCUCCAGUUGGCCACCGGCGCCGCCUCGGUCGGGCCAGCCGGCACUGCCGCCGCCGCACAGUUCCACGCCGCGUCGCGCGCCGCCGCGGCAGAGCUGUCCGCUCUCCACCUCACCCCGCAUGCGGUGUCGGCGCCCGCUGCUACCACACAGCCGCACCCGCAGAUCCAGCCACAGCAGCCGGCGGCCACUCUACCGGCGGUGGAGGAGUGCAGCUCGCCGCGCCUGCCUCAGCAGCAGCCGCACGCGCCCGCGGCGCCAGCCUCUUCCGCCUCCGUGUCGGCCUCUGCCAUGGCCGUGGGCAGCAGCCAGGUGGCUGUGGAGGUGGGCAGUCUGGUGGAGAGCCUGGUGGAGGAGAAGCUGCAGGCGCGCAUGCGGGAGGAGCUGGCGCGCGUGGAGCAGCUGGUCACGGCGCGGCUGAUGGCAGCCAUGCAGUCGCAGCAGGGGCUGCAGGGGCUGCAGGGGCAGGCGGCGGUGGCGGCGGGGGUGCAGGCAGCGGCGCGGUAGGAGGGAGUGCGGGUGUAUUGGUAGCGGCGGUGGUACUGAGCUGAUGGUGGUGGUAAUGGUGCAGAGGUGUGGGUGUGUAGGCCUCCGGUUCGGUGUUUAAGCGUUGGUUUGAUGAGAGGGAGCAUUGGCUUGCUGUGAAAUGUGGGAUGUGGAUACCGUACUGUGUGUCCGGGUGUGGGUGCCAAUGCACGCGGACUGAGACCGGUUGCUGAGUGGUGCAUCAACGCUGCGUGGAUAAGAGCUGCAUCUUGACAUUGCUGGGAAAUGGCAGCCUGGUGCUUUGACGCUCGCACAGGUGAAAGGUGAAGCAGUACAUGUCCUGACGGCACAAAGAUAAGGCGCCCCACUCGCACCGAAGGGGCGGGCUGGGUAAGCCUCAGAGCCAAACUGCAAAUGUACCCGAUCACAAUCAGUCUCUACCGUACCGCAUGCUGCAGGGAUGGCUGGCCGCACGAACAGACUGAGCCCGUGCUUGUCCCGGCCCCAAGGCCAUUGCCAGCUCCCUAGGUCUUGAUAAGUCCUCCAUCUCUACGAGAAGCACCAAUACAUGGCGUGUUUGUUACAACCCGAACUUGGCGAAGGAGGGCCCCGACGCUUGGGUA